AUGAGCGGGGCGGCGCUUCUCCGGGCCGGGCUCGUCCCCAGCAUCCUGCACCGCCUGCACCCCGGCUUCACCUUCCCCAGCAUCGUCUCGCCCAUCCAGCUGUCGCAGCCGGCCGCGCCCGAAGCCUCCCGACGCCCGCGCCCGCCCAGCCCACCCCCUCCCCUGCCCCGCGACGGGCGAGGGGCCCCGGGAGGCGCCCGCGCCCGGCGCGGGGGCGCCGUGCCUCCGCCUGACGCAGUUCCCGAGCUCGCCGCCCUCGCCCGCGGAGGACACGGGCGGCCUGGUGACGCUGCACUCGCUGGGGUCGUGGCGCGACUCGGGCUACGUGCCCUCGCCCUCGUCCGCCCACUCGUUCACCUUCUCCAGCGACGAGGACGAGCCCAAGUGGAGCCAGCAGGCGGGGCAGGCCGGCGUGGGCGUGACGCCGCCCAUCGCCAUCCCGCACUCCCGCCGCCGCCCCGCCCACCACCAGGCCAUCCGGGAGGAGGCCACUGA